UGGCUCUUCCUCCUCAGUAUUAGUCUGCAGUAGUGACCCACAGCCUCAUACACCCACGCACACACACCGCUCCUGCCUUGCCAACCGUUCUGAGGCCGUGAACGAGAUGAAGCUCGGAGAGAACGGGAGGAAUCUGCUCUGCUCUGACUCUCUGCGGUAGGAAGAAAGAUGUUUCCACCAGAGAAGGAAGAGGGACGGUGUCUUAGAGGAGGAGGACACAGCGGACCGAAGAGCACGGCCUGCGGGACUCUGCAGGAAUCUGCGGAGUUCAGGCCGCUGCUGCGCCGGGGACCGAGCGGCGGGAGCCGGCGUAUUGUGAAACUGUGAGCCGCUGCAGGAGGAGACCAUCCAGGAUGCAAGCUUCAGCUUCGGACGGUCCGUAAAAAGUUAGCUGCAGUAAGAACCUGCGUACGCGUGAGCGCGUGCAGCAGUGAGAGUGUGUAUUUGCGUGCGAGAGAGUCUGAGGUGUUUGUGUGCGUGUGUGAGACCGUGUGUGAGUGUGUGUCAGAAUGAGUCUGGUCUCGGGCUUCCCGCACCACCCGGUCAUGCACCACCACGACACCCACCACUACUCCCUGCAUGCGGCGGCAGGGCGGUGUCACGAGGACACCGGGGCUCCUCCGUACUUCACGAGCUGGCUCAUCAGCCACGCGGAUAUGUCUCCCACAGAGUACGGCCUCGCACCCGGCUACAGCCCAGAGUACCAUGGCAACAGCGGCGGCGGGUCCACGGGCGGCCUGGACCCACACCAUCACCACCACUAUGGCCCCGGAGGUCUGGUUCCGGGGGCCGGUGCAAUCUCGGUGAACGGAGCAGCUGUCGGUAUGCACCACCACCUCACACACCCCCGUACAGUGAAGCGGAGACCCACAGCCAACAGGAAGGAGCGGCGGAGGACCCAGAGCAUCAACUCGGCCUUCGCAGAGCUGCGGGAGUGUAUCCCCAACGUGCCAGACACCAAGCUGUCCAAGAUCAAAACGCUGCGGCUCGCCACCAGCUACAUCUCCUACCUGAUGGACAUCCUUGACAAGGACGGACAGCACGGGGACACGCAGGCUUUCAAGGCCGAGCUGAAGAAGACGGAGGCGGAGGAGCGGCGGAAGAGGGAGACGGUGGAGAUCCCAAAGACGACUUCAUCCUCCUCCUCCUCUUCGUCGUCGACAGCGGGAGAUAAGAAGAGCAAAGGACGGACAGGAUGGCCUCAACAUGUUUGGGCUCUGGAACUCAAACAGUAGCGACCCCCCACCUUCAUAAUGAGGGCUGAUAGCGCUCCUCUCCUCCUCCUGCUCCUCCUCCCUCUCCUCCUCCUCCUCCUCCUCCUCCAGCUCUGCGCUCGAGGAAACAGAUGAUGGGACAAUAAGAGCACGCAUGGACUCUAUGGCGUCAUCGACCCACCACCACCUCCACCUGUCUGUGGACCUGCACGCGCCGUGUUUCGGUAUGGAGACGCGUAUGACAGUUCACUGAUACCUUGCCUGUUGGAGCUUUGAGAGAACAUGACGCCAUUACGCUCAAAACCGACAUUGGAAAAGACGCUCCCCCUUAUUCCGCCAUAGUGACAGUCAGAUUCUUGAACCCCAACUUAAAUUUGAUCUCCAUAAAUUAACAUUUUCAAGAUGUUCAAUUUCAUUUUUACCAAAAUUAGCCUCAACUAGAACUCAUCUACCGGUAUAGGCUACUAGAUGUUUGUUUCUGUAUUCCAUAUGAUUCCCACGUCACGUCGAAACAAACUCAAAAUAUUCUUAUCUAUUUAUUUCUUUGCAAGCCUGAACCAUGUUUUUUUUUCUGACACUGAACCUUAAAACCAGAGUGUUAAAAUGGAAUAAACAAAGAGCACAGCGUUCAAUAGGCUAAAUGUUCUCAAUGCGUCGGAAUAAGAUGCAUUUGGAGCGCAAGGCUUCGGAAUUUGACGACCUAGGUUGAAACUCUAAGCAUCUGAAAAGGGUGAGUUUUUCUUCUAUCGGAAUAUUUGCAGCAUUUAAGAUUGAAAAACCCUAACUUACGGCCUUCAGUCCCCGGUUGUUCAAUGCACUGUCGUCUUGAAGAAAAUACAACCCUUUCAAGAAGUUAAUUUAAGAUUUUGAUUGAAAAUUAAUUACAUUUAAAGAAUAUGUACAGGUAGGUUUCAAUCAAAUUUUCUCUAAAAUUCACCAAAUAUGAUGCCAGCUGGGCUUUAGCAGCCCAAACUCACUAGACCUUUGCACUGGUGCUCCAAUUACCAGUUCGUUAGAUUGGUGCAUCUACUCAGUCUCAACUAUCUAGUUUUUCCCAAUGCGUAACAAUAAGCUUGUUUUUCCCCAUAAACUCAAAAUCAGAGUCAAAUGAUAUAAGCAUUUGUGAAGGUGAAAGGUGCGGAAAAGCCACCUCGUGCGUCAAAAUGAGACACUGAAGGGUCGUGACAACGCGUCAGAAUCUGACGAUCUGGGCAAAGAACGUGUUAGUAUGAAACGAGCGUUUUCUGUUGGAUGUUUACAGAAUUAAGGACAAAAAAAGCUCUUAAAUGAUGUUUUACCAGACUUAACAGCCAAUUAAAGCAGAUUCAGACCACUGCUGGUGAACACACACAAACACACACGCACACACACACACACACACACACACACAGACAGAUACAUAGACACAGACACAGACACAGACACAGACACACACACACACACACACACACACACACACAACACACACACACAACACACACAACACACACGGGGCUGUCGACCUGUCUCCUCUUUAUUUAAUGGAAUAUAUUUAUGUGCAAUGUGGACAGACUGAGUUUCUGUGAUUAAAGGUAUAUGUGAAGUCUCUCUCUCUCUCUCUCUCUCUCUCUCUCUCUCUCUCUCUCUCUCUCCCUCUCUCUCGCUCUCUCUCUCUCUCUCUCUCUCUCUCUCUCUCUCUCUCUCUCUGUUGAAAUUGUAAUGACGUCACGAUGAUGGCGUGGUGUAAGUGUUGUGGUGUGAUUAUGCUCAGUGUGGGAUGUAAACAGUGUCAUGACUUUAAUAAAGCAGAACCUGGUUUACACAUUGA